UAGUAAAAUUGACAAAAGUCAAGUCCAUGAAAUUGUUUUAGUUGGUUGUUCAACUUAUAUUCCUGAGAUUCAAAGACUAGUAUCUGAAUUCUUUAAUGGUAAAAAACCAAACAAAUCUAUCAAUCCUGCUGAAGCCGCAGCCUAUGGUGUCGCCGUACAAGCUUAUAUUUUAUCUGGUGGUGAUCCCACUAAUGAAAAAGGAAUAUUAUUGAAGGAAGAAAUCGAACGGAUGGUUUCCGAAGCUGAAGAAUAUCAUGCAGAAGAAUGCUUUGAAUCAUAUACACACAACUUAUUUAACGUAGUUCAAGAUAUUGAUAAUAUAAAGAAUAGACUUCAAGAUGCAGCACAAAAAUCGAUUACAUGGCUUGAGAAUAACCAAGAAGCAAGUAAAGAUGAAUACGAACGUGAACAAAAAUUACUUGAAGGGAUUGCCGAUCAAAUAAUGAACAAACUUUAUAAUGUAGAUGUUUCUUCAUAACUUCCCUCAUCCAACAAUGAAAUUCGAUAUAACGGAACCUCAAUAAACCGGAACUGGCCUUAUAUCGGAACUUUUUUCCGGAACCAAAUCACAUAUAUUGAUUUGACGGAAUAUAAUAGUAAAAGGAGAUUUACUGGAACACGUGAUGAUCUACAUCUUUAACCAAUAAAUUUUUAAGCGCGUAACCUAUUUUAAAAAAUUUUCCUAACUAAAUUUAUUAUUUAUUUAUGCAUUUUUUAAUUAAGGAAAAAAUUUUCGAUAUCAAAGAAAAAAAGUGAAAUUUAAAUAAAAUAACAUAAUACUCAAUAUCUAUAUUAUCUUCAAAUUCAUGAU